AUGGCGAAUGAAUAUGAAAGAGCUAUGAUGUUUGCUAUUGCUAAUAUAGGGAGGCAAGAAGCUCGAAAUGCCAGACAACCGUUUGGCAUUAAAGAAGACCCUUUAUUAGCAUUAAGUGAUCAUCUUUUUAUAAAAACUUACCGAUUGAGUAAAGUUUUAACAAAAUAUUUAAUCGAGUUAGUCACUCCAUUUAUGGAACCACCAAAACGUACGUCGACUUUGAGCAUCCAAAAUAAGGUUUUAAUUGCAUUGCAGUUUUUCGGAACUGGGUCAUAUCAGUUGCCAACAGGUAAUUCCAGAUAUAGUGCAGUGUCUCAACCUUCGGUUUCACGCAGUAUAAGCGAAGUAACUAAUGCGCUGAACCACCCUAGCAUUUUCCAUAAUGGGGUAAAAUUUCCUAAAAAUAUGUCGGAAUUAAGACAGUUGCGAAAUGAGUAUGUAUAA